GUAUUAUUGUUCUGUCUGUUCUUUCACUGUUGUUGUUCUGUUUUCUUUCUGUUACUGUUAGCUAGUUCGCUUGCGGAAUGGCACAAUCAUCGUUAUCUGUGUGUGGUCGGAGUGAGUGUUUUGAUAUCAAAGGGGAAUUUUUACGUUCAGUGGAAUAAUAAUGUAAAUUUUGUUUAGCUAGGCCCUACUAAACAGCAGAAUAUGAGUGUGUAAUUGUUUCACAAAUACAAUGGCUAAGUUAACGGAAGAAAUGGUUCAUGCCAGAACGCGUCAAUCUAAUUUAACUGCAGUCUCCAAACUAAAUUGCUGGGGAAGCGAACUGCAAGAUGUGUCACUCGUAAGAAGACUACCUAAUGUGGAAGUUCUUUCACUAAGUGUAAACAAGAUCAGAAAUUUGUCAGACUUCCAGCAUUGCAAGAAGCUGAAGCAUCUGUUUGUUCGCAAGAAUGACAUCAGAGAACUGAACCAGGUCUGCUACCUGAGAGAACUGCCAGAUUUGUCUACUCUUUGGCUGGCAGAGAACCCGUGUGCCUCUAGUCCAGGGUACAGAUUGGCUGUUAUCAAGGCUCUCCCCCGUCUUGAGAAACUAGAUGACGUUGUAGUGAGUGUGGAAGAGAGAACGGAAGCUCAGAGGUAUGGAACUUCCCUUCUACACCCAGACAAUGAUGAGCCCCAAGAGAAUGAUGAAGAAAAUGAUACGCCUGCCUACCAAGAUGAAGACACAGAUGAGCAGUACAUCACCAGAUCAAAUCACUACCCACCGACUGAAAACACCCGACCUUACCAGAGAAACGAUUACAGUCCUGAACUAUCCUCUCCUGUCCAUUCCAGCUACAUGCGGAAUGCAGGCAAUACCUACAGCCAGGAAGAGAGUGUCCAGAGCAAUGGUUACGAACCAAGUGGUUACGAUCAUAUAGAAGAUGAUUAUAGACCACACUCUUCAGCCAUUCACAUCAGCACACCAAACCAUCACAGAAUUAGCAAGGACUUGGCUGAGGAUGAGUCUCCUCCGAGAUCUGUCAAGCAGGAUGAUGACGGAGAAGAACUUCACCCAAGAGGUCUUACCAGGAGUAGAACGGAGUCCUUACCUCGACUGUCCAGACUCGAGGUAGACGAUCCUGAAGAAUACUCUCGGAAUAUGCAUUCACGAUGUCGUCUCGACACAAUAGCAAGAGGUGCUCGCCAGGAAGUUGAAGAUCCUGAACCCAGGAUGGUCCUUACUCGUAGUCGAACUGUGGAUAUGUUGGGAGGUCAUCACGCAGGCAGCCUCAGUUCACUACAUGAGAGGGAAAGACCUCGGAUGAAACCUUGUGAAGUCUUCAUGCCACGGUCCCUGCAACAGCCUCACACAAGGCCAAGGAACAUUAAUGUCCUGAAUGCCGUCCUGUGCCUCAUUAAGGAGUUGGAGCUUCAAGAUUUGGAGCUGGUUGCUAUGAGUGUCAACUGUCGCAUCGAUGAGCUACGAGUCUAGACUUCCUCCUCCUUUCUCUCGCUCGCUCUAAACCUCUAUUAUAAUAGGAAACUUUGUUUCUCAGAAAUAUUUACAGGAAAAAAAAUUUGAGUUGCGUCCUUGUUUUAGUGCCUGAAAUUAAAUUUUAGUUGGUGGAAUGGAGAUGGUCCUUAAGAGAUAGAACCCAGGCAACAGAGUGUGUUCAUACAAAGGUUUCGGAUCUGAUUUCUUUCUACUUAGUUGCAGUUUUAACAAAUGUACAAAUGUUAGUAAAAUGCUGAUGGUGUUAAAUUAGUUUUACUGAAACACUUUCACGCCUCGUUCUAAAUUUUACUGUUUCAUUAAUCCAAUUACGAACAUUGACAAAACCAAAUGGGAUAAAACUACAAUUUAUGAUUGGAGUCUAACUUGAACUCAUUAAAGACUGACCAUGGCUCAUUCCAAUAGAUUUUUUAAGUAUUUCAAACUUUGACCUCUUCACUUCUCUAUUUAAGAUUUCAACUCUACUAAGUGAUGAUAAAUUAUUAAACUUUUUUUUAAGAAAAUUAUAUAAAAUACUUACAUGAAUUGUUCAAUAGGAAAUUUAAAAUAGUACUCUUAUGUGAAGCAAGUACAUUUGAUAGAUCCCACAUUUCCUAGUAGUUUAAUUUACUAAAAAGUAUAAAAUCCAUUGUUUUUCUUGUACUACUAAGUUUUUUUUAUACACUCCUUCGUUUUGACUCAUUCAUUCAUAAAUGUAAACAUUUUACACUGAAUGAUUGUUUGCAUACUUGUAGAGUAGUUAGCCAUUUUGCCCACUCUGAUAUGCAAAGUGUACUUUUUUCUUAUAAGUUCUGUGAAUUAUGUGAAUGUGAUCACAAAAUUCAAAAUCACAAAUUGCUCAUGCGUUUUAGCUAGGGACCAAUUCUUUUACAUUGAUACAUAGUUGAUGAAACUCAACCUAUGUGUAACAGCUGUUGUAUUUUUUGUAGUGUGGAGCCAACAACGGCAAUUUUAUUAUUUGGCUUGAAUAGCUCAACUGAAAAAGCUUUCAGUAAGAGAACAGAAAACAGAUCUAAAUAAAGGGAUCCAAACAGGACAAAAAUUCACAGUUAUACAUGAAAUAUAUUGAUGAUGCACAUCACAAUCUUUUCUUGUGUAUUUGCCUGGGAGUUUUUGCCCAUUUCGACUUGGAAAUAUUUAAUUGUUGUUAUUGUUAAACGUUACUAACGAUUAUUGAAUUUCAGAGUAUUUUAUUGUAGCUUUUUAUAUGAAACUGACUGUUAAUUUUACUUAAUAAUUUUACUUUAACAAUUGUUGUAUUAACUAUUAUUAUAGUAUAUAGUAAUGACUUUUUAACCAUGUGAAGAAAUGGUAAACAAAAACAUUAUUUUAAACAAUAUUUGUUUUGUUUACUCUAACUCUUUUAGUCUUGUACAAUGUAUACAAUCAUGUUAGUGACUCAAGACAUCAUUGUACUCCUAGUCAAUAAAUGGUUCUAAAGUCAAAACGUUGAUUUAGUUUCAGUUUUCAUGUUGCAGCAAGAAACAUUUUUUUAGAACCUUCCAAUAAAAAGGUCAAAUAUAUAUUUUAAUUACUUUUAGUAAGAGCUUACUAACUUAUUUUUGGUUUUUAAAACUUUUUUAUGUCCUUUUCUUAUUAAUUUCAUAAAUUUAUGUACAUGUUUAGAAAAAAGCUAAAUAACAAUGAGAUUGAAAACAUUUUUAUUCAGAGGUGGAUGUAAUUGGGUAAGGAUAUAAUUUGUUGUAAGAAUCUCAUAUAUUUGACCAAUUUGGUCUUGGGCACAUUGUACCCUAACACCUUCACAUUGUACAUAACACACCAAGUAAAUAUGAGAAUAGAUUUUUAUAAUGUUUAACUGUGUUGUAUAAUAUUAGAUGAUAUAGAGCAUACUACAGGACAAUAUGUAAAUAACCAAAUGCCUUGUAUCAAACUGCAAUGUCCAAUUUACAUUCCUACUGUACAUUGUUAAUUCUUUGUUAUUUUAUCUUUUACAUCAAUUUAUUCACACAGUUUGUGUUGAAGGAUUCUUGUUCAUAGUUCAUAAAGUUUAUUACGGCUUAGUUUGUAUUUAGCCAACCGUUGAACCGUUCCUGGAGACUUUGUAUUCGUAGAAGCAGUCCACUGUGAUUCUAGCAAUGUCUAUAUUUUCUGGUCACAUUGGUCUCCCAAAUGCAGCUGAUUUAUUUUUGUGUAUUGUAAAAUAAGAAGAGUGAUAAUAGUAUUAUAAAUGCUAGACUAUCUUGCCUGUUAUUUAGCUUUACAUUUGUUGAAAUUAUAUUUACAUGUUUUGAAAAGGUAUUAGAAAUUAAGUUAGCAUAAACUAUGUUGUUCUUUUCAUUCUCUUAAUUUUUUAUCGCCAGAAUCCUAAAUAUAAAUUGCCCUGGCUUUUAAAGAAAAAGAAAACUAUUGUUUGCUUUUUGUAAUUGAACAAUUUAUUUUGGCUUUAAAAAAUAUAUUUUUAUUUUAUUUGUCUUUAUCAAAUAGAACUUUGUGAUUUAUUUAAAGAUGUUUAUAAACUGUUAUCUUUGUUUAGUUUUGAAAAAUAUGUGUGAUGUGAAAGUUUGUGAUAUGUUAAAACAACAUUUAAGAAUUUUGCAAUAGUACUUUAGUUUCCAUUCUCAUUUUAGUUAUAUUUUAUUAACAAUUCUUUAAAAGCAUCAAUUAUCAAUUAUCAUGAUUUUUUCUUGGGUUGACUAUUAACUAAAGUUUUCAUUUAGUUUUGUUAACAUUUUAUCACAAUCAUAGAAUUUAAUGUUUUAAUUUUUGUUUACUUUGUUGUGUACUAUAUUGUUUUGUUGAGUUAUGAUUGUUUGCUCGAACCAUUUCAAAUUAAUUUGUUUACUACUGAAUCUAUGUUGAUAGAUUAUGGUGCAUUUAGUUUUCUAUUUACUAAUGUUUGGGUUUGUAUUAGUUUUUUAUAAAUUAAUAUUUAAGGUUGUACUUAAGUGAUUCAACAUUGCUGUGCAAUAUAAGAAAUUAUAUAGUUUUGUGGUUAUAAUCAAGGGUCAAAUAGAAUAUUAACUGUAUGUAACAGAUUUUAAAUACAUAACAAUAUUAAUGUUGCUAACUGAAAAAAAAUGUGUUGUUGCUACUUAUUUCUAAUUUUAAAAUUUUAAUAGAUUCUUAACAUUAAAAUUCACUGUCACAGUAAUAGUAAGGUAUAUAGAGUUAUUUUGGGAUAAAAAGUACUAUACCUGGUUGAUUUAAAUGUUGACGUAAUACAGAACAUUUUUAAAACUA